CCAGUGUCAUGUGACUGUUUUUUUUUGAAAGCUAGCUCUGGCUGUGAUCUUUGUGAUUUCGAUCUCGAUUGUGCCCAGUCUUGUUGGACUUGCAACUUGUGUAAAGUAUAAACUUUUGCUACAUGUAGCUGUGGCUAACUGCUGGCAUUGUGGCUAUUAGAAGUGCCCUACUGCUAGAUUGAGCAAUCUAGCAAGGCAUCUCAACUCAGCAAGGUAAUUUGACUGUUUUCCUGUUUCCAUAGUGCAUCAUGGAAGAGAGAAACUGGCUGCACUGUACUCUAUGUCGGUCUGGAAGGGAGGGAGCUAGCACACUGCAGAGAGCUCAUCUCAGAAAUGUGACCUGGCCUGAGCCAAACACUAGUCUGGCGGCCCCGAUUCAGGGACCUGUGGUGUACACAAGUCUGGAUGAUGCCUUUGCCAGUAUGAUGCAGCUCAUGUCGAUCAGCACAAGAAAGUGUAGUAGAUAUCACAACAGUCACAAGUCAGAACAUCGUUCACAAUCACAGGCUGUCAAGCAUAGACUUAAGUAUCAUUCUCCUCGACCGGUGGACCCAACACUUUCUAAUCCUCUCUCCAAGACUCCCUCUGUCCACGUGAACACAGUGCCUGGAACGUACGCUAUCACUGCUUCCAGGUGGGGAGGAAACUCGAGCACCACUCAUGUCAUCAGAGUAGACCCUGAACAAUCUGUCAGUCUGACUUUUGAUGUGAAUCUGUAGCACUUCUAGGGCUACAUGUACGCGUAUCAUUUUUACUUCAACUUUCACUAUUUUUUUCCCCCGAUCAUUGUAGUACAUGCCAUGUACGUACCUUGCUCAUUGCGUAUAAUUAUUAUCACAACGAGAAUGUUGUGAUGAACUUAA